AUGAAUCCUCAUAGUCUAUUAGCUUCAGCAGCAAUAAACAUAGGUUUAGCUUUGAUAACACUCUCACUCUUCUCCAUCCUCAAGAAGCAACCAUCUCUUGCUUCUAUCUAUUAUGCUCACCGUCUCUCACACCAUCACUACAUCCCUUUUGAUUCUUCUGUCCACCGUUUCCUUCCUUCUGUAUCAUGGAUUUCUCGAGCUUACCAUCUCACUGAAGAUGAUUUCCUUCAAUCUCAUGGCCUUGACGCUCUUGUCAUCAUCAGGCUCUUCAAAUUUGGCAUUAACUUUUUUGCAGUGUGCUCUCUUGUUGGAUUAGUGGUACUUCUCCCAAUUAACUAUGGUGGUGUCAAGGAAGUUAGAGAUAUGAGUUACUCUACUAUGGAUUCUUUUACUAUAUCCAAUGUACCAAGAGGUUCUAGAAGGCUUUGGGUGCAUUUUGCAUGCUUAUGUUUUAUAUCUUUCUAUGGGAUGUAUCUACUCUAUAAGGAAUACAAAGAAAUUUCGAUUCGAAGGAUGCAGCAGCUUCAAAGUUUAAAGCGUAGACCAGAUCGAUUUACUGUCGUAGUUCGUGAAAUUCCAUUAUGCCUUGAACACAAGGCUUAUGAUUGCUGUGUUGAUCAUUUUUUCUCUAAACACUAUCCCAACACUUACUAUUCCUAUCAAAUGGUGUACAAUACUGAAAAUCUUGACGAGUUGAUGGAUCAGACAAAGUCUCUAGAGAGAAAAAUAGAGGAUUUGAAAGAGACUUCCAUGGCAAGGAAACAUAAGAAUAAGAUGUUUCUCUUGGAUACUUCACAACAACAGACUUCAAAAGUAGGUCUACUUGAGGAAAAGCUUCAUGCACUUCGUCACAAGAUUCACCAGUUACAAUGCAAAGACAUGCUCAAGAAAAAGGAGUUGCCUGUCGCUUUUGUUACAUUCAAGUCGCGUUCUGCUGCAGCAGUAGCGGCUCAAUUGCAACAGCAUUCACAUCCACUUCUUUGGGUCACUGAACUUGCUCCAGAACCAAGGGAUGUUUCAUGGAGGAGUUUGAGAGUAUCCUACAGAGCUGUACCACUAUAUAGACUCGGUGUUGUCAUUGCAGCGUCGCUACUAACGGUUUUCUUUGCGAUACCUGUUACUGCAGUUCAAGGAAUAGCCAAAUAUGAGAAAUUGAAGAAAUGGUUUCCCCCAGCUAUGGCUGUGCAGUUGAUACCAGGACUAAGCUCUAUAGUGACAGGAUAUCUUCCGAGUGUUGUACUCAAAGGAUUUAUAUACGUUGUGCCAUUUGCAAUGUUUGCUAUGGCUAAAGUAGCUGGAUGUGUUGCAAGAAGUAAGGAAGAGAUCAAAGCCUGCAACAUGGUUUUCUACUUCUUGGUCGGAAAUGUGUUCGUUGUGAGUGUGUUAUCGGGAUCUCUUCUUGAUAUAAUCGGAAAAUUCAUUAGCCAUCCUAAAAUUAUUCCAAGUGAGCUUGCCACAGCAGUCUCUGCCCAAGCUGAUUUCUUAGUUACAUACAUAUUGACAGACGGACUAUCAGGGUUUUCUUUGGAAGCUCUCCAACCCGGCUUACUGAUUUGGGAUACUUUUAAGUCUUGUACUCUUGGAUGUCGAAGAGAAAAGAGUCCUUAUCUUUAUUCAUUACCUUACUUUAGAAUCGUUCCUUUCGUUUCACUGUCGAUACUAAUCGGCUUAGUGUAUGCAGUCGUGGCGCCAUUGUUGCUCCCGUUUCUUAUUGUUUACUUCUCUCUAGGCUAUGUUAUCUAUAUCAACCAGAUUCAAGAUGUGUAUGAAACUACGUACGAAACAUGCGGAGAAUAUUGGCCAUACAUUCAUAGCUACAUUCUCCUUGCAAUAAUUCUCAUGCAGAUUACCAUGAUUGGUUUAUUUGGACUCAAGUUAAAACCAGCUGCUUCCAUAUCAACCAUACCAUUACUUUUCUUCACACUCACGUUUAAUGAGUACUGCAAGAUGCGUUUUCUCCCUUCCUUUCACCGUUAUUCUCUCAAGGAUGCGGCUGAAAAUGAUGAACUUGAUGAAAAGUGUGGUAGUUUGAACUCGGAGUUCUAUGAGAAGGCAGCAGUCAGUGCCUAUUGUCCACCGGGUCUACGACCGGUGAGUUUCGCGGCAACAGAGUCGAGCUCCACACCAUUAGUUUCUUCAUGA